AUGGUUCAAACUAAUGACCCCUCCGAGGACCCCCCGGCCCCCCGACACAGGACUUGCGAUUUCAGACCUGGAGACCAUGUCGCCAAGAUGAAAGGCCAUCCUCGAGUAGAUGAACUUAUGGAGGGAGCUGUAAAACCACCCACAAACAAACUACCCAUUUUCUUUUUUGGAACUAAUGGAACUGCUUUUUUAGGCCCAAAGGGUUUAUUUCCUUACCCAGAAAAUAAGGAAAAGUACGGCAAACCAAAUAAACAGAAAGGCUUUAAUAAAGGUUUAUGGGACAUAGAUAACAGUCCAAAAGUGAAAUUUUCAAGUCAACAGGCAUCAACUAAACAAUCAAAUGCAUCAUCUGAUGUUGAAAAAGAAACAAGUAUUUCAAAGCAAGACACCGAUCAUGAAGAAAAAGCCAGCAGUGAGGAUGUGACUAAAGCAAGUGACAUAACCGCUCCAAAAGGCCGGAAGAGAAAGGCAGAAAAACAAGUGGACUCCGAGGAGGCAGGAGCAGCGGCGACAGCAGCAGCAUCUGCUCACCUAGAAGUGAGUCCGGAAAGAGGGCGACCCGCAGCCUCAGAGGCCGAGGUUCCCCCGAGCCCCCGGGGCCCCGGGCUGAGAGAGCAGCCCUGCCCUUCAGAGAGUGACGUGGUGGCUGAGGGAGACAAGAGCAAGGAAAAGCGGCCUAAAAAGCGGCUUAGCGAGGAUGAGGAAGGCCAGAAGGAAGAAGAUAAGCCAAGAAAAGAGCCAGACAAAAAAGGCAAAGAAGUUGAAUCAAAAAGGAAAAAUUUAGCUAAUAUAGGAGUUACAUCAGCCUCUGAUUCUGAAGAGAAAGGAGAUGACCAGGGAGGUGAAAAGAAGAGAAAAGGUGGAAGAAAUGUUGAGGCUGCUCACAGAAGGAAUGUGCUGAGGGCCAGCGUGAGAAAGCAGCAGCGGACAGCAUGCCAGCAAGAACCAGUGGAGACCGAGCAGCAGAGUAGAGAUGAAGGAAAGAAGCCAGAAGCUAAAGUGGAGAGGAAGCAAGAAACGUCAGUGGAUUCUCGUCUUCAAAGAAGAGUGCCUGUUCCCAGUCUUCAAAGGAAAAUGCUGAAAUAAAAAAUUCCCUCAAAAUUGAUGAUCUGAAUGUGAACAGAUGUAUUGAGGCAUUGGGUGAACUUGUUUCCCUUCAGGUAGCAGUGCAGCAAGCUCAGAAACAUACAGAGAUGAUUACAACAAUGAAAAAAGGCGAUUCAAAGUUAGGUUAUCAUGGAACAGUCUACCAUGUUGUAUAACAAGUUUAAGAACAUGUCUUUCGUGGUGAAAGAGACUCGAUCACACAAGCGCUGAACAGAGACAGCAUGAGGAGGCAAAUAAAACCAAAGAUCAAGGGAAGAAAGGGCCAAACCAAAAGCUAGGAAAGGAACAAACAGGUUCAAAGACUCUGAGUGGAGGAUCUGCUGGCCAGGACAGUAACCAGCCACAGCACAACGGAGACAGCAGUGAAGAAGGCACGGACAGCCCCGAGGCCAGCAGCAAGAACCAGCCAUCCGGUGAGGAGAGAGAGAGAGACUGAACUUUCUCUGACUCUAGACUAGGUAACUAGGUUGGCAUACCUGGAAUAUAAAGAACAUUUGAGAAGUUUGUAAUGGUUUUCAUUUGAAAUACUUAGAUUGCAGAAAGUUUUAAAUUUUUAUAAGCUUAGGUUUUGAUGUCUAAAACUUGUUUUGAGGGAGAAGUAAUCCCUUUAUCUUUGUUUAAACAUUGCUAAUUGUACUUGUGCAGUAUUAACAGCUAUGUUAUACAGUAAAUGUGAGGAAAAUCCAUUUAGGAAAUGUUAAACUGCUUUUCCAGACAUUGGUUGUAGAAUAUUCCCAAUUAGUGUGUGUGAAUGUUAAUGUGUAAUUGAUAAUAGAAAAAUUACAUUUUAAAACUGCUACUUGUAUAAACCUUUCCUCUAUUCCCAAAUACUGUGGGUUUUGUACAUAGUUUUUACAAAUCUUGGAUUUAUCAGACUGUCUUUUCACUGUGUGGGUUUUAUAGAAGUCAUGCAUUUUUAUGAUAGAUAAAAUAUUAUUUCUAUACAACUACUCUCUUCUUUUAUCACAAGUUAAUUUUAAUCUCAGCCUACAUUGUGUUACAUUAUCCUGCUGCUUUGUAACAAUGUGUGGUCUGUAUGCCUCUUUGUAUGACUAGAUAAUCCAACUGACGUUGAACUGACAAUUCUACGAGAUAUAAAACUUAUGUUAACUUUAGAUGGUAAUUUAGUUUUUUGGCUGGGAAUUAAGUCAUAAUUUUCCUGCAGAGAGCAGAAUGGGCUAUAAUAGAGGAAUGAAUCUGGCUUUAGGAUUCAACCACCUAAGAUCUUUUGCAGGCACUAGUAGUUGAAACUGAAAACUAAAAGAUAACAGUUUAUUUUGAGAAAUGUCUGAAGUUUCUGAAUGUUUUUAAAGGAAGUCACUAAGUAUUUUUUUAAUUGGAAAAAAAAUUCAUAAUGCUUUUAAGGAAACCCAACUCAUUUGAAAACAUGGCUGGGAAAUUUUUAUUCCUGUAUCAUACAUGUGAUAGGACUACAAAAAGUGAAAAUGUUGCUCUGAGGCAGGAGACAAAGGAGUACUUUGACAGUCUGUAUGUACAUGUAUAUGGACGAAAUCAGGGUGAACCAAGGUUAACACAAAAUUUAAGAGUAACUUAACAGAUAGCAUUUUUGGAAUAUUAGGUCAGUUGGUGGUUUUCAAUAGCUAAAACACUUACGAUGUUUUGAAACUCUGAAUAUGGGAAAAAGAGCUUAAUACCAGUGUUUGCAUGUGACAUGCGUUGUGUGUUUUGACCUCUCAGAUAAUUGUUUUCAUCUACAGAUGAAGUGUGAAUAACUUUAAUAAUAGUUUUGCUCUUGGGAGGUGUUGAAAUGGGAACUAAGACCCACUGUUUUGAGGGAACUCUUGCUAUUACAUUAUAUCAGGUCCUGAGUAUAAUUUAAAUUUGGGCAGAUUUAUUCUAGUUAAGCCAUAAGUGUCAACAUGCAAACUUGUUUUGAUUAAAGAAUUUUUCUGUCAAACUGUAUUAGUAAAUUACUUCUUUGCUAUUUAUCAAAAGUGUGUUAGAAUUGCGGAUUUGCUUCCAAGAGAAUGAUUUCUUAGUUGGUCAAAGACAUUGUGUUGUUUGGGGAGACAGGGUAACUAAAGCAUAUACUCAAAAUGAUAAAAAUAAAGUGAAUGUUAUUUUUUGUUAAAAAAAAUAAAAUGAAUAUUUGCGUUUGUGUGUGUAUUCCUUUUGCAGCACUUAGAGAAUUUUUGUUUCAUACUCAUUUUCAGCUAGAUAUCUUUUAGAUUUUUUUGAACAUCUGUCUCAUUCCUAUGCCAUAUAGUGAUACUCAUAAAUGGAAUUAGGGU